AUGUCAUCAAUGUCUUGGGUUGCAGACAAGUCAUCUGCCGAACUUAUUCCAAUGUUAAAGAAUGCCUAUGGCGCUCUUAAGGACAAAGAAAAGGAUCUGAUGCUUGCCGCCGAAAUAGGAAAGUCUCUUCUGGAGAACAACCUCCGACUCAAAUCUAGCUAUGAGAACCUACUCAACCACACCCGCUCCAUUCCUCCAACGACGCUACCUUUACCAACACCAAACCCCUCUCUCACCACAGACUAUGAAAAUCACGACGAAGAUCGUCCUUUUAUUCCCAGCCGAAGCACCCGCGAAGCAAUGAUCGAAGUGCUAGAAAAGAAAAAUGUCGAAUUAUCACGCCGCCUUGACGCUGCCACUUCCGAACACGAACGCCAUGGCCGAAACGAGUCCAAAAAACAACGUAGACUCGAAGCCGAAAUAAAAUUGUUAAGAAGCAAUCUAGAAAUCGCGUCUAACAAAAUUCAAGAGCUAGAAGACAUGAAUGCCCGUCAACAACAUCAGCAGCAACAGCGCCAACAACGCCAACAAGUGGUUAAAGAAGAACAAGAAGAUUCAAUGGAAGAAGUUGUUGAAGAAAUGCUAAUUAAACUCGACGUUCUCCAGGACGAGCACGAAGAAAUCACCCAAGCAAAAGCACAGGUCGAAGCCAAGCUUACAUCAACACUCAAAGACCUUCGCAAACUUAAAGAACAGUUUGAAACCUUCCAAUUCACUCAAAAAGAUUAUUCUGUCUUGUGCGAGGCAUACGAUCGCCAAUUCGAUCAUAUUGAAGAACUUAACAAGAGCUUGGAGGAUCACAAACAAGUACUCCAGAGUCUUAAGGAGCGUGGAAUUAAUCCCUCGGCCCACUCGACGCCAGCUCCUAGUGUUUAUGGUAGAUCUGAAUAUAGUCUGCGCCACACCCUGCUUGGGGAGUUGGAGAAUGAAUGGCUCAAGGGCAAGCAAGAUCUAUCUACUGGACCCUCGGACCACCCGGCCAGCAUGACCCGAUCGCUGCGGGACCUCACCCAUUUUACUGAGCAAUCUCUGGGCGCCUUUUACAGUGUUCCAGCCGAGUCUACACUGAGAUCGAUCCUAUCGCGAGCUAGUGGAAUUGACAAGCACUUGCUGGACGAGGCGCUGAGUCUGAUACACGAACUUGAGCUUGAUGAUGACAUGAGCACCGAUGAUCUCGUGGUGUACCACCCUCAAUCUGUCAACAGUCUCUACCCAGACCUUGCACUCAUGAGUUCUUUCCAGGUUGAUACUUUUGGACAGGAUUCCAAGACAAUGAUGGGUCGUUUUAGACGGUUGAUUCGUACACUUUUUCACUCUGUCUGGCGCUGGUGUCGCUUUGCAACCGUCUUGACGACGGCUGUGUUGAUUAGUGUUUGGAAUGGACCGGACAAGAUGAUUACAGCCUACUAA